AUGGCAUCUCGUGGAAACAAACAAAGUGGUGGAGGAUCAGGUGGUGCAGCGGCAAGCGGAAGUGGCAGUCAUGCAAAAAAGAACAACAGAGAUUCAGGUUCGGGUCAAUUACAAUCUGGAGGCGAUCAACCGGAAGAAGAUCCUCUAGUAGCAGUUCUUUUGGCUGAUUCGUAUGAUAACCAUUUCGCUCCCUUAACAUUGAACUGGCCUAGAUGUUUACUACCGCUCGCAAAUGUUCCUCUUUUGCAUUAUUCUGUCGAAAGUGCAACUAGAGCAGGCGUUUCGCAUAUUUACGUCCUCACAAGAUCUCAUGCUCAUUUGAUCAGGCAACAUGUGAACGAUCAUCUUCACAAUCUGUUACACAGUCAAGGAAUUGCUAUCACUGUGAUGAGUACGCCUGAAGCAAGAAGCGAGGGAGAUGCAAUUCGAGAAUUGGAUGCGAAACAAGUUUUACGAUCUGACUUUUUACUUUAUCGAAGUGAUAGUGUUUGCACGAUGGAUUUACGACCUGUUGUUGAUUUGCACAGAAAACGAAGAGCCAUAGAUAAAGAUGCAAUCAUGACAAUGUGUUGCAUGCAAGCAGGCGAUCAAACGACUAUGCGAUCAAAGGCGAUGAGACCAGUGCAAUACAUCGAUCCUGCAACAAAUCAAAUUCUACAUUACGAACAAUUACCCGGUUUACCGAAGCGAAAAGCCGUAAUGCCAUUCGAACUCUUGCGAUUGGAUGACAAAACUGGAUUUGAUGAAAUUGAUGUACGAUUUGAUUUGGUAGACGCAGGAGUGUACAUUUGCAGCAUUGACGUCCCCCCUCUAUUUUCGGAGAAUUUCGAUUAUCAAUCUCUGUCUUUGGACUUCAUUCCUGGUAUCUUAACCUCCGACCUUCUGGACAGCAAGAUCUUUUUGCAUGUAGGCAAACGUGGUUAUGGUGGUCGUGCACAAGAUACACAAACGUAUGAUGCGAUCAGUAGAGAUGUACUAAGAAGGUGGACGCAUCCUUUCACUCCUGCAAGCAGUGCUUGGUUAAGCGAGCGAAUGACAGAACGGAGAGGAUGGAGAUAUGUUGGACAAGAAGUUCAAGCGCAUAGAAGUAGUAAUGUUGGACCUUGUUCAAUGAUCGCAUCGAGAUGCACAUUGGAGCCAAAUGUGACAAUUACUGGCUCAGUCCUUUGUGAGGGUGUUGAAAUCGGUAAUGGAUCGACUAUUAGCAAAAGUCACAUUCAUCCAUCAGUCACUGUUGGCAAGCAGGUAAAAAUGAUAAGCUGUAUCAUUGGAAAAGGAGCAAGAAUAUUAGACAAUGUUACUUUGGGUAGAGGUUGUCUAAUUGGAGCCGACUGUGUUGUUGGACCAAAUGUAAGCUUGCCUGAUGGUAGCCGAGUUGGCAGUAAAGAGCGAGAAUCUUGGGACGAGGAGGAAGAGGAUGAAGCUUCCAAGAGCAACAGCUCGAGUGAUGUCCCAGCUAAACAUGAUGCCAGAGUAGGCGCAGAAUCAAAAGGAGUAUUGUGGACCAAUCUAUGGCAGAAAAAAGAUCGUGCUCAAACUGGUGCAGAGGAAGAGAACGAGAGCGAAGAUGAUGAAGACGGGGAUAUAGAUGAGGAUAUCGCGAAUCUUCGACUACGUGCCAUUGGAUUCAAUGAUGAGGCAGAAACAAAGGGAGUACAAAAUAUAGAAGAUGAGCUUGAAGAUAACGAAAGUGUGUCCAGCAUCGCAUUUGAUUCUGAAUUUGGCUCGGAUGAUGAAGACCUUGACGGAUUCAGUGAUGAUGGUCGAUCAACACAUUCAUCAUCCGCAUUCUCGCACGUUUCUGGUACACGAGGAGGGGUAACGAAUUUGACCUUGGAUGAUGAGGUGGAUACACAAAUGGAAAAAGAAGCCGUCUCAGCACGUUUGGCAGAAUUUGAGACCGAAGCAAAGGCAAGUUUGAUGCGUGCAUUAGAAGAAAAUCACAGUAUCGAUAAUGCUUCAUUGGAAUUAAAGACGUUACGAAUGGCCAGCAAUGUGAGCUUGCGAGAUGUACAAAAAGUGGUUGUCGAAACUUUACUGGACAGAUGCAAGCCAGCGGAUCCAAAAAGUGUACAAGCAUUGGUGGUCAGAUGGGGCAAAUUAAUUGCACAAGUAUCGCAAGAUGACGAACAGCAAGCAGUUGUUGUGAUGCAAUCAUACUGCGCUUCCCAUCCCGCAAAAAUAAAUCUCUUUGUUCCGCUAUUGAAAUUGUUUUACAACGAAGACGUUGUCAGUGACGAGGCAAUCGUAGCAUGGUGGAGAUCAAAAGCAAGUCAGACAGGCAAUGAAAAGAUGUUGGAUUUGAGAACACGCGCUCAAGGGGUGAUCAGAUAUAUCUUGGAAGAUGAUGACGAUGAAGAUGAGGAGGACGAGGAUGAAUGA